AUGGUUAACAUUGCUAAUAGUGAAAAUCUUGCUGAAGAGGAGAAGACAUCUUUUGGACAUGGUGAGGGAGUUAGAAAGGCUGAAGGAGUAUUCGACGGUGGGUGUGGUGCCGAAAGAGGAUCUAGUUGUGGGCUUCAAGGAGUAAAAAGGUUAAAUUUGGGGAUGGGGGUUGGUAUGGGAGGUCCGGGAAUGAGGUUUGGGUUCGGGGUAGGAAUGGGGACUGGUACUGGUAUUGGUAGUACUGGUACUGGUACUGGUACUAGUAUUGUUACUACUGGUGGUACUGGUACUGGGGCCGCAAAUAUAGGGACUGGAACUGGGGAUGGGGUCAUAAAUGAGACUAUAAGUGUAGGGACAAUGGAUGCAAAUGAUACUGUGAAUGCAAAUACAGAAACUGAGAUUGGAAUCUAA